AUGGCAUCUCUGAACCUCUCAACCAAUGGGCCAUCAAUUACCAAGAGUUAUCGGUCCGUAAUCGAUUGUUCGUUACCUACCGACAGCGCUACAUAUGGACAAUGGGCAGUGUUUUCUGUCUCAACGCCUUUGGUCAAUGCCUUCCAGAGAAAUUCAGAUAGCAAGGAAAGCGUCUUGAAGGUCCAGAAUACCGGGGCCGGUGAGCUCGAGAAUCUCAUUGACGAGUUUUCGGAGGGAAAGAUUCAGUUCGCUUUCGUCAAAGUCACCGAUCCAAACAGUGGUCUCCCGAAGAAUGUCCUCAUCGGAUGGUGUGGAGAAGGCGUCCCAGAACGAACGAAAGGAUACUUCACAAGCCACUUGUCUGCUGUCACAAAGUUUUUAUCCAACUACCAUGUUCAGAUCACUGCACGCUCUGAGGUAGAUCUGACACCCGAGGGAAUAAUACAGAAGGUCGGAGAUGCCUCUGGUGCGAAAUACACACCUGAACGAGCUUCGCCAGUCACUGCUUUGCCCAAAACGCUUCCGGUUACAAGCAAGCCAGCAUUCACACCCACCAGAACUGGUGCGGUAGGCUCAAAGACCGUGUCAAAUGUUUCCACUAGGGUGGUUCCAAGAACGAGCGGCGAUGAAGAUGAUUGGGGUCCAGAUGCGCCCCCGGUUACCAGGACAGAACUUGAAAAAGUUCAGUCCGCGUACAAGCCAACUAAGGUUGACAUCGAGGCAAUCAAGUCUCAGAACCUUCCCAGAACAUCCUAUUAUCGUGAGCUUCCCGUUACAGAGAACAAUGAUGUUGUUAAGGGUGGCUAUCAACCGAUAGGCAAAGUGGAUAUUGCUGCAAUCAGGAAACAAGCGCGGGAAGCAGGAGAAUUGAAAGAAGACCGACCCGAGCCUGUGAGAGGCGCAUAUGAGCCCGUUGGUAAGGUCGACAUUGCUGCUAUCCGUUCUAAGGCGCAGAAGCAGCCUGAAUCGUCUGUUGACCAGUCCAUCUCAAGCAACCCUGUUGGAUCCCGUAAUGAAAGGGUUGAACCUUCGGAUUUUUCAAAACUAGCCGAUCAGCCUGAGCGUUUGACGACUUUACCCAAGCCGAAGGUUGCGAAAAAAAUCGGUAUAAGUUCAACUUUCACAGGCACAAAGGCACCCUUGCCUGGUGGCUUCGUUUCAAGCCCGGUCCCUCCUACCACACAGGUUGGCAUUGCAAGCAGAACGUUUGCUGACGAAGGAGGAAAGACUCCUGCGCAGCUGUGGGCCGAGAGAAAGGCCCGAGCACAAGGGCAAGUUCCUGCCCCUAGCCCAUCAGCAGCAAGCGGCAGUCAGGGCGGCAGCAAGGAAGAAUGGAAAAGUUUGUACAAUGGCAAGACAUGGGCUCCCGUUCAGACUUCGCCUACGGGCAACUCUGUAGACCGUGGUGUCUCCCAGCAAGGGCAGGAAUUGACGACUGGACCGGAAACGUCACUGCCUGGCCUGCCAGAAUUAACCAGCCGAAAUCAGAAAUUACGUGGUGCAGACAUGAGUUCCUCUCCCGAUGAAGAACCAGCCGGCGUAUCUGGUUUCGAAAAUGAAUCACCUGCGGCGCAUACGUCGCAGGGGAUGAAACCGGAGGAACCAUUGGAACCCGAAGCUCACCAGCCUAUACCUAUCCCUCCUCAACAGCCUCGUUCCCCUACUCCUCCAACGCCGCCCCCCGUACGUGAUUCUUCUCCAAUUCGCGUUGCCGUGCCGGUUGGACGAGGAGAAGUUGCAGACGCUCACGAUGAACAAUACUCGCCACCUCCUGUCAUGCCGACACAAAGCCUCCGACAGGCAGUACCGGAUGAUGAACGGCUCGAGGAUACUACCAUUGAUAUUGGUAGGGAAGCGUCAAAAUCUACUGCCUUUCACCGUCCUCAAGACGAGGCGCUGCAGGCUAUUGUGCAGUAUGAUUAUGAGAAGGCAGAGGACAAUGAAAUAGACUUGAAGGAGGGAGAGUAUGUGUCUGACAUAGAGAUGGUUGAUAAAGACUGGUGGCUUGGUUCUAAUUCGCGCGGCGAGCGGGGUCUCUUUCCCAGCAACUAUGUUGAGCUCGUCAAAGACAACCAGAAGCACCUCGCAUCAGUUGCUGGAGCUGAAGACCCCAAGGAAAUCCCUCCAGCCGCUUCUAUCCACAGUCCUGGGGGAGGGAAGGGUACCUCACAGCCGACCGCAAUGGCAUUGUAUGACUACGAGGCUGCGGAGGACAAUGAGCUCAGCUUCCCGGAGGGUGCUCAAAUAGUUAAUAUCGAAUUCCCCGAUGAUGAUUGGUGGUUCGGUGAGUACAAGGGUCAGAAGGGGCUCUUCCCUGCCAACUAUGUACAACUCGAGGAGUAG